UCAAACUGUACUUCCUAUUUAUUAACGUUAAUGGUGCAAAUUCCAAGAGAAGCGCGGGUUUCGUUUUUUUAUCGAAACAAAUUGCACGCAACAUCCUCUUGCUUGUGUCUUUCAAUAGAAAAGAAACUCGUUUCCAAAUCCCAAUUAGUUAAUCCUUAAAAUAAAUAUUAUUUAAUCCUUCGUUUCUCUUCAUCGAAACAAAGAAGAAGAUGAAGUUUGGAGAGACAUUCAUGGAGUAUUUACACGGAGAACAAGAAGGGUGUUUGGACAAAUGUGCUCAUGUUGAGUACAAACGACUCAAAAAAGUGUUAAAGAAAUGCAGAAGCCAAGGUCCACCAUCCACUUCUUGCAACGACGAGCAGCUACAAGAAAGAGACAGUGAACAGAAUCAUAGCUUGUCUCAAUUCUGCCAUUGCCAAUCUUGCCCUUUGUGUGAUCAGAUGUUCUUUUCCGAAUUGAUGAGGGAAGCUUCAGAUAUAGCUGGGUGCUUUAGUUCCAGAGUUAGACAUCUCCUCCAUCUUCAUGUUGCCAGGGGAAUGCAAAGAUAUAAACUUCGUCUACGUCAAUGUUUCAUAAAUGAUCAGCAGAUCAUGGUUGAAGAAGGGCGCAUGCUGAUUGAAUAUGUUACCAUGAAUGCAAUUGCUAUCCGUAAAAUUCUAAAGAAAUAUGAUAAAGUACAUUGCUCUAUAAAUGGGAAGAAUUUCAAAUCCAAGAUGCGGUCUGAACAUAUAGAGCUUUUGCAAUCACCUUGGCUAAUAGAGUUGGGAGCCUUUUAUUUGAAUUUUGAUGGAAUAGAUGGAGGGGAGUUUAGUGAGUUUUGCAGUCGGUUUUCCUGUGAUCUCAGUGCUACAGAACCUGUUAUGACACUGAUGCUUCCAAAUUAUACAAAAUUAGAAUACGGCCUGACUUGUGCCAUUUGCUUGGAGAUGGUUUUUAAUCCAUAUGCUUUGAGUUGUGGUCAUCUUUUCUGCAAGUUGUGUGCUUGCUUAGCUGCUUCUGUGCUGAUGGUUGAAGGCCUUAAAUCUGCAAGUUCAAAUGCAAAGUGCCCUGUCUGUAGAGAGGCUGGGGUAUACACUAACGCAGUGCACAUGUUGGAACUUGAUCUGCUUGUGAAAAGAAGGUGCAAAGAGCACUGGAAAGAGAGGAUGGUUGCUGAACGUGCUGAGACCGUAAAGCAAACCAGGGAGUAUUGGGAUUUACAGACCAAAUAUGCGAUUGGCUAUUGAUUGUGGAAGGCUUGAAUGGAGGAGGGAAUUCUGGAAGUAUACUUCAAGUGGUUGAGCUCAGAGUUGCAUGAGAUGAAUAUCAUAAUUCAAGCAUUACUAAGUGCAGGCUGUGGAUUUCUUGGUGGUUUUGAGCUAGACCCAAUUAAAGAUCAUUUUGGAAUGUUUCCAAGAGAGCAGCCUGUUUAGCUACCUCUAUUGUAAUCGAGAUUACAAUGGAGAAAAGGAAAGGAAGACUAGAAAAUAAGACAGUGAAUAUUUAUCAGCACCAAGUAAUUUUUGCAAGAGAACCUCGAUUUGGUCAGCACCAAGUAAUUUCAAUCGAAUUACUUGGGAUUUCUUUUUAUGAAUUUUGAUGAUCCCCCGCUUUACUCCUUCCAUGUCUCAGUUUGAACAGCUUUUCAGUUUCCCCUGUUGUUUCAUCUUGUUAAUGUUUUUGUAUCUCUCUUUUUAUUAUUUUUAUGUGGUGGUGUUUGCUUUUUUAUAA